ACAAAUGCUAAAAUAAACCUUAAGAAGUGGACUUUAAAAACAUAUUUCCAUGACACUCGCGCAGCUAUUACAGACGUAAAGUUUGCCCCCGAGCGUUUUGGACUUAUUUUGGCCACCUGCUCGUCCGACGGCAUCAUUAGAUUCUAUGAGGCUCUUGAUGAAAAAAAUGUGGAUAAAUGGAUAAUGCAGCUAGACAUGCCAUACUACUUGUCCCUGAGCUCUCUGAGUUGGACCUUGGCAAUUUCG